UACGCUUCUCUUCCGUUUCCGGCCGCCGUCGUAGCAGGUGCGUGCUGAGGCGAGUGAACGGCUCUUUAAAGAAGGGGAGAAGCCAGUCGGCGAUCCCGGCGUCAUGGGGGCCAGCGGGGAAGAGGCAGCCGACAACGAGGAGCGAUUCGACGGCAUGUUGCUCGCCAUGGCCCAGCAGCACCAGGGCGGCGUGCGUGAGCUUGUGAACACCUUUUUCAGUUUCCUGAGACGCAAAACUGAUUUCUUUGUGGGGGGAGAAGAAGGCGCUGCUGAGAAGUUAAUCACAGAGACUUUCAGUCACCACAACAAACUUGCUCAGAAAGCCCAGAAAGAGAAGAAAGCUCGUCAAGAAGCAGAACAGCGGGAAAAAGCGGAACAAGCUGCUAAACUUGCCAAAGAAACUAAACAGGAAGACAGUGAGCCAAGGAUUAAGGAGCUGACUGAUGAGGAGGCAGAAAGAUUGCAACUGGAAAUAGACCAGAACAAAGAGAAGAAAGAAAAUGAGGCAAAGAACAUACCUGUCAAGUCUGCUGAAAAGCCAGUGGAAUCUCCCGAAUCCAGCAAGCAAGAUACCGAUGAAGAAGAGGAAGAUGAGAAGGACAAAGGAAAACUUAAGCCAAACUCUGGAAAUGGAGCAGACCUGCCAAACUACAGGUGGACGCAAACCCUCUCUGAACUGGAUCUGGCCAUCCCAUUCAAUGUGAGCUUCAAACUGAAGGGAAAGGAUAUGGUGGUUGAUACACAGAGGCGUCAUCUGAAGGUGGGCUUAAAGGGCCAUCCCCCCGUGAUUGAUGGAGACCUGUACAAUGAGGUGAAGGUGGAGGAGAGCUCAUGGCUGAUUGAGGAUGGAAAAAUAGUCACAGUGCACUUGGAAAAGAUCAACAAGAUGGAAUGGUGGAACAAGUUAGUCCAAACAGACCCAGAGAUUAACACCAAGAAAAUUAACCCUGAAAAUUCAAAAUUAUCAGACCUGGAUAGCGAAACACGCAGCAUGGUUGAGAAAAUGAUGUAUGAUCAGCGACAGAAAUCAAUGGGGCUUCCCACAUCGGAUGAGCAAAAGAAGCAGGACAUCCUGAAAAAGUUCAUGGAACAGCACCCAGAAAUGGAUUUUUCCAAAGCAAAAUUCAACUAAUACAAUUUCCCCUAUUUUUUUUUCUCCUUCCCUGGCAAAUGUUCAAUUUUAAACAGCAAAAAAAUUGUGUGCUCUUUCCCUUUGGGAUAAUGCAGUUACUCACAUCACUCCAUUUUGGAGUUAAAAAGUAGUUGUGCUGGUAUCUCCAUAUAGUAUACUGCUUAGACUUCUGGAUUUUCAGCAGCAGCAUCAGUUAUCAGAAGUCUGUCCUUCAUCUUUGUAAAGCAAUAUUUUAGGGAGACGAAGGAUUGAAAUAAAUGGGAGCUGUAUUACACAAUAAUUGUUUUCCCUUGGGCUUCUCUUAGUUUUGGAAAAUCUGGGAAGGUAUCAUUUUUUUAAAAAAAAAUAUUCAAGUUGAUAUUCAUCCUUGAUCAUACACUUGCUCCUAAAUAAAGGGCUGGAAGUCCUACCUUCAAAAUAACAUCACUCUUUUGUUGUUUCAAAAACCAAGCAAUCACUAUAAAGAUAAAACUCCAUAUAAGAACAGGGAGCGGCUUCAGAAUCAGACAAAGCACUGACAAUCUUUGCCAUGUUCCCUUUGAGCCAUCACUCCAAGGUGCAGCAGUGCAAGAAUGUGUGUGCUGGGUACAUACAGGGUGUUCUUUAGAUGUUACAGUGAGGAGCAGAUUCAUUGCAGAUCCAUGCAUCUGACACUCGUUACUGUUUAUUACCUUCAGAAGUAACACUGCAGUCAUAAGUAGUGAAACCUGGAGUACAUUUGUCCAGGAUUUGGGAUAGAUUGCAAGAAGGCUAAGAUCUUUAAUAAUGUGAUACGCUGGUCUUAUUUUCAUUCCUGUCAACGUUAUUGUCCUUGACUGUUUCCCUCAAGCCAUUUUGUAACUUAUCUCAGAGCUUUGGUGAGAAUAGUCUCAAAGGUUUGAGAAGCUACAAAAUGCUUCAUUGCUUCUGUUACAACAUGGAGGUUGGGGAGUUUCAAAUCCAAGGAAAAUUGGAAUGUUAUUAUAUCACUGAUUCCACCAAGAAAACGAAGGAGUUAAUGCUCAUCUUAAGUCAAUCUCAUGCAUUGUGUUGACCUGAGAUGCCAACAGUAACUAAGGCUCUUCCGCUGUUAAAGGGAACGGAAUGAACAAGAAGCGGGUCUCUGGCUUGGUGAAAGUGAGCUGGCCACCUUGUCAGAUCUGUUCUUUUCAGAAUUGGACAUGUCAGCCAAGAACAUUUUGCUCUGUUUUGUUGCUUACAAAUAGCUCGUAUUGUGCAUGCACGAUUAAAAAGUUGAUGCUUUCAUGCGUUGAUUAUCAGAGCACCCAAGAGCAAGCUCUCAAAGAUCAGUAGCAGCUCUAAAUAAACUGUUCUGUACCUUUC